CAUUUUGCAAUCGGUACAUCACUACUAACAGUAAUAUGUGUUACCUAUCUAUCCGUAUAUUAUAUCGACAAUUAAAUACUAGUAUUUCCAAUGUUUCACUAAUAUUGUUAAUAUUGUCAUUCUCUACAUAUUUUGUGUGCGUGAAUACAGUAUUGUCUUACAAAAUAAAUUGAUAUUUUAAGCAAUUUCUGGCAUUUUAAGUGUUUUUCUGUGCUUUUAUCCAUUCUCUCUCUCUUUCUUUCUUUCUCUCUCUAAUGAUGUAUAUGGGGGUGUAGCCCACCCCUCCCUGAACGCAAUGAUAUGCUUAAUGUGUAAAUCAUACGACCGCUAUUCCGAGAUAUUUGACUGUAAAUUAUAGUCCGUAAAAGUGGUCGCAACCCAACUGUCCAUUAUUUUUCGGAUAUUUAUCGGUCUCCACUUACGUGAGCUCACGUAAUAUCGCAGCCAUUGUAUUCAUGGAUGAAGAGGACGAGUUGUCUGAAGUACAACCCGAUACAGUGCCAACUGAAGUACGCGAGUGGUUGGCCUCCACUUUCACCCGAAGCAAUGUCCAGCAAAAAAGGCGAUCCGAAGAUAAGCCAAAAUUCAGAUCAGUUGCUCACGCCAUCAGAGCUGGCAUUAUGGUCGACAGAAUCUAUAGACGCUUUGCCGGUGCGACUGAACUCCAUAUAUCGUCAGAAGCGGCUCAGGUCUUAAAGGGAGCGGACGAGUGGUAUUUCGAUGUGUUUGCUUUGAACGAGACCUGUAAAGGACAGGUGCUUAGAUGUAUGAGCGCCGACCUUCUCAAUCGAUACGGACUCAUACAUAAAUUUAAAAUUCCUUCAUUCAAAUUAGAGAAUUUUUUAAAGCAAAUAGAGUUGGGUUACACUAAAUAUAGUAAUCCAUAUCAUAAUAAUCUACACGCGGCUGAUGUCACACAAACCGUCCAUUACAUGCUUCUCACCACUGGUUUAGCUCAAUGGCUCACAGAUCUGGAAAUAUUUGCAACAUUGAUCGCUGCUAUUAUACAUGAUUACCAACACACGGGCACUACAAAUAAUUUUCACGUAAUGUCCGGAUCUGAAAUAACAAUGAUAUAUAACGACCGCUCAGUUCUCGAGAAUUUUCACAUAAGCGCCGCAUUCAAAGUGAUUCGUGAAAAUGACUCCAAUAUUGUCGUCAAUCUUAGUAAAGAAGAGUAUAGAGAAUUUCGUUCCCUAGUUAUUGAUAUGGUUUUAGCCACUGAUAUGUCAUCACAUUUUCUACAAAUAAAGACAUUGAAGACACUGUUAGGACACACGGAGUUUAAUAUUGACAAACCCAAAGGUCUGUCAUAUAUUCUACACUCAGCAGACAUCAGUCAUCCGAGUAAGAGCUUUGAUCUACACUAUCGGUGGACCAAACUUUUGAUGGAAGAGUUUUUCAGACAGGGAGAUAUGGAAAGUGAGCUCGGAUUGCCUUAUUCUCCAUUAUGUGACCGCAAUACUACACUAAUACCACAGUCUCAAAUAGGUUUUAUAGACUUCAUAGUCGCGCCUACAAUGGAGUUAUGUGGAGAUCUUAUAGAUAGAGUUAAUCUUCAUAUUCACGGUUCCCAAGAAGUUGUCGACAAAAAAGAUUCAAACAUUCAUUUAGAGCUUAAGACUCGCGCCAGACCUGUGUCUGCCAAUUGUCAGCGAAGCUCUCAAAAAAAUAACCUGUCGUUAGCUUCAGGAACUGAUUUGACAUCAAAUUGUAGGUCGUCUACAAGCGCUCCGUUAGCUUCGAGAAAUGCCGCGACUAUUAUUAAACCACUAAAAACACACAGACCUUGGAUUCAAUGCCUGGAAGACAACAAAAAUAAUUGGACGGAAAGAGCCGGUGAAGAAACAAUUAAAAGCGAACAAAGUUUGCGAGGAAAUGGAGAUUCAACGCCAGAGUCGGAAUUAUAGUGAUGUCUAACUGUGCCGUCACUUACAGCUAAAAACAACUGAAAUAACCGAAUUGUCAACUAAUACUUAAAACUAAAGUACCUCUUAAAGCAUAUUCACCU